GAGUUUGGGAAGGUGGCAUUUGUUGCCAUCGGAGCAACUAUGGUAGGAAGCAUCACAUUCGUGAAAAAGGAGGGCGACUACGUCCACAAGGGAGAUGAGUUUGGAUAUUUCUCUUUUGGAGGGAGUACGGUAAUCUGCGUGUUUGAGAAGGAUGCGAUACAAUUCGAUGCUGAUCUUCUAGCCAACAGCGAAAGAUCACUGGAAACUCUUGUCGAGGUUGGCACAACAUUGGGCGUCUCCAAACGGAACAGAGGGCUAAAAGUUUCGAAGCUACAGAAGUGUUCAAUUGAAUGAUAGAAGUUAGUGAGUGCAGUGCAGC